UUAUAUGAUUGAAGUAGAGUAUAGAAAAGAAAAUUGUUUUCUAAAUGUUUGUGCAUGUACAAAUCCUGUUUAAUUUCCACCUAAUUGGUAAACAAUGUAAUUUAAUCUGAGUGAAAAUUCAGCUGUUCUGUUUCUGGUACUACAGAUUUGUUAGAGAACUUUAGUGAACAGCCAGAACGACCCAAACCCAGGAACACAGCAGACAGGUCAGGGAGGGAUUUAAAGGAUGUUAGGUUUUAAAACAACCUACCAAGCAGAGGCGGCCUGAGCCGUUUGGUGCCCUGGGCAAACACGUUUCAGAGCGCCACCAGCAAAGAGACGCAACUGCACCAAACUCCAGUUGUUUUGUGCAAAACAUGUUGAUACCAUAUCGAUUUCCUUCCACUCACAGUUAUGCAAAUCAAACUUCAAACCAAGACUUUAUGUUGCUUUAUCACUUAAAAUCUGAAUAAAACUAAAGUUUGUUGUAAUGUGAUAAGGUAAACAACUGAAAUGGAAGUGAAACAGUAUCGGAGACUCUGUAAAAAUCACCAUAUUCAUUAUUAAUGGCUGUUUUACUGAAGGAUUAACUUUUUAUUCUAUCCAUACCCUGGACAUGCAUUCCGCUCAGAAUACAUGAUUCAGCUCUUCAGCAGCAAUGUGAAGGUAAAACAUCACAAAUCCUCAGAGUCAGUGUUUAAACCCAUCUCUGGGUCGGAGAUUUAAACUUUUCUUUAUAGAUAAAAGGAGGUGAGACGUUCGUCCUGCAGCUCCGGGGACAAACCGACUCACUCUCGUUCAAAAUAUUUUGUCUCUGUGCGUAAAAUGCUGCAUCCUUGCGCGGAGGAUCUCUUGGAAAGACCUCCGUGUCGGUGGAGCUUCCUUCACGCCCCGCUGCUGUGGGUCGGAGCUGAGCAGGAGUGGCAUCUCGGCGACAAAAUCCCGCUGAAAGAGCGUCCUUUAGAGCUCAGGCAUGCAUGAAGCUGUGAGCUCACUGGCGUUAUAAAUAUCCCCAGCAGAAGCACCGCGGCCGGGGUAAUGCCCACCCGCGCCGCACGCCUGUGCGCGCAAACCUUCUGGGUUCUUGACCUCGCCACUGGAUCGGUUAAAAUGCGAAACGCGGCGUGGUGAGAGUCUCCUGCUGGGAAGAAUGAAUGUUCCUCUCUGCCUUCUGACCUUCGCUCACUGGAUUUGCGCCGCGGCCGCAGCGCAGCGCGCCUCUUUGCUCCUUCAGGAGGGGAUCAGCUCGGGACGCAGGACCUGCAGGCUCUACUGCAGGGUUGGCAUCGGCUUCCACCUCCAGAUUCAUCCCGACGGCAGAGUGAACGGCAGCCAUGAGCCCAACCAGCUGAGUGUCCUGGAGCUGAUUGCGAUUUCUCAGGGCGUCAUCGGCAUCAAAGGGGUUUACAGCAACAGAUUCCUGGCCAUGAAUAAAAGAGGACGGCUUCACGCCACCGAAUGGUUCUCAGACGACUGCAAGUUCAGGGAACGUUUCCAGGAGAACAGCUACAACACCUACGCCUCGGUGAUCCAUAGGAACCAAAGGACCGGUCGGGAGUGGUAUGUUGCCCUCAAUAAGCGGGGGAAAGCUAAAAUGGGCUCCAGUCCGCGGGUCAAAUCCCAGCACGUCUCCACCCACUUCCUACCCAGGGCCAGCCUGCAUGACUUUACCCAGAAAGGCUUCACCAUCACAGAGCGGAGCAAAGAGAGGAGGAAAGCGCCGCCACCGUCGCCCCCCAGACCCCCAGCCGUGAUCCCGAAAGCCCCCACAGGACCAGUCCAGAGACGCAGACAGGUCAAAUACUGGCCCAAGUUCAGGUUCGGAUAAGUUUGCAAAGGAGGGACCAGAAUAAUAAACUUUAAAUAAACUGGACAAAAGUCAUUUCUGAUGCUCAAAUCAUUCCAGGAUUCUGUGUAGCAUGGAAAACAAACCCAAAGGGCUGCCAGGAACACUCACUCAACCUGACGCUCGGAUCUGUGGUGACGGGUGGAAGUUUUCUUUGCACUUAACUCUGUGUUGCUCCGUCCUGUUGUACAUCAUCACUAAUGUUCUGGUUAUGGUGCUUUUAAAGCAGAAAUCCUACCUGAACACAUCAGGUAACAUGUUUUUGUUUUUAUAUCAAAUGUUACACAAAACAGUUUUUUAUGUCUCAGAUAAACAUCUUGUUUUAUAAUUCUUAUUUAUAUAUAAAAAAAAAUCAUAAAAAGCAUGGCUGCAUUAAAUCAAAUAAAGUUGGUUCACAGAAGUUGGUGUGGAUCCAAUCAGACGUAGAACUUUCCAACCAGGAGUUUAAUCAUUUCUCCCGAAUGGUCCUGGACUAACUGUCAGUCCAACGCAUGUUCAGACAUGUC